AUGGCAACCACGCGCCAGGGACCUGAAACAGACAACCGUCGCACCUCCCUCGGUUUCCUUCGUCUUUCUAAAUCCACCGAACCCCUAGGCGAGCAGAAAUCUUCCGGCUCCCGCAAAAGGUCGUCCAAAUACCAAGCCAUGGAAGAUGAGAUGCGUCGUCAGCGCGAGUCUUAUGCCCCCACAGUGCCUCCCCGCUUGCCUGAUUUUUCCCCCACCCCGCAGCUGGAAACUUUUGGAGGUGAGGAUCGUGAGAUGUUUGCCAACCCAAUUCCAACUCGCCCACAGCCUGGAAUUGUCGCUUCAACCUCUAUGGCUGGGUCAAUCAACAGCGUCGAUCCCUAUGCGCGCGCCGAGAGCAUGACCCACCGUGGCAGAUAUAGCUAUGCGAGCAGUGCUGUCAGCUCCGUGAACAGCCCCCGCCGUGUGCGCCGUCGCAAGGACCCCACCUCAUACAAUGUGCUGGUCAUCGGUGCUCGUAACUCGGGAAAAACCUCAUUUCUCAACUUCCUCCGCAGUGCUCUAACCUUGCCCGCAAGUAAGCACCCCUUGCGCACCCCUGAAGAGGUGGCAGAACUCGAGCGUCAAACUUCGGCAUGGGAUGGAUUCACUUCGCAAUACCUGGAAACGGAGUUCGACGGAGAACGGGUUGGACUUACCCUGUGGGACUCUGUAGGCUUAGAGCGGAACAUCGCAGAUCUUCAGCUGCGUGGCGUGACAGGCUUCUUGGAGAGCAAGUUCGAGGAAACUCUCGCCGAGGAGAUGAAGGUUGUUCGUUCUCCCGGUGUUCGCGAUACCCACAUUCACUGCACUUUCCUACUUCUGGAUCCUGUUCGUCUCGAUGAAAACAUCGCCAUGGCUAAGCGUGCUGCCAAGGGCACGCCCAAGAUCAGUGAUACGCCCGUGAUUGGGAUUCUGGACCAGAAUCUGGAUAUUCAGGUGUUGCGCACGGUGCUGGGCAAGACCACUGUGGUGCCAGUUAUCAGCAAGGCGGAUACGAUCACUUCCGCCCACAUGAGCCACCUCCGCAAGGCGGUCUGGGACAGUUUGAAACAGGCCAAUAUCGACCCUCUGGAGAUCUUGACAUUGGAGGACCAGGAAGAAGAAUACUCGUCGGAUGAGAAUGAAAGUGAAGAUCUUGAGACUGGAGAUGCCAGCGGAGCCAAAGAUUCCGAGAGCGAACCCGAUAAGGCUCCGGGCUCGCCAUCCCAGCUCAGCGGCAGGUCCGACGCGUCGCAGACCAACAACCAGCACGUUCCGUUCUCGAUUCUAUCUCCGGAUCCUCACUCGCUGGCAGCUGGAGACCAACCCGUCGGUCGCCGUUUCCCCUGGGGCUUUGCAGAUCCAUAUAAUGCUGAGCACUGUGACUUUGUUCGCCUGAAGGACUCUGUCUUUUCCGAAUGGCGCUCCGAGCUGCGCGAGGCCAGCCGCGUGGUCUGGUAUGAGCGCUGGAGAACCAACCGCCUUAACCGCAACGGACAGCCGGCACCCAAGAAGCAAAACUAUAGUGGUCGUCAGGGGCCUUAUGUUGGCCGUCCCACGCGAUAA